AUGAUGCGCAAGGAAGCAGCCGGAUCUCCCGGCGGGACUGAGGUUGCGCUGGACUCCGCCGACUGUCUGACGCUGCAGCAGAUCCUUAAAGCCUUUAACUCUAAUAUAAGCGAGGAGCACGCUUGGGCCCUAUUCUACCAAGCAUCCCGCUGUUAUCAAAAAUGUUUAGACGAAGGUACCGCCUACUAUUUACCUACGGAGCUGGGACAUGUUUUGCUUCAUAAAGACGGGACUGUGCACCCGAGCACGUUGUUACAUACAGGAGAUGACAGCAGCAGAGAAAAAGUUAAAACAGAAAAUGAGUUGGUAGUGAAUUUGGCAAUCGUGGUAUACCAUGCGCUGGAUUACACGCACGGGGAAGACGAAGAGAGACUCAUAUCACCGGACCUUGAAGGUCUCAUCACAGAGAUGACAGCUGGAAAUAUUACUGAGGACGAUGAAGAGUGUGGUCUAUCGGAGGGCUCCGAGACGUCGGAGGGCGGCCGUGCUGACACCGACGACGAGGGUAUCGAGAGGGACGCUGAACCCCCGCCGAGGAGACGGCGCGCCCUGCGGCGGUUCAUGCUGAAGGAUGUCAUUGAGCGAUGCGUAUGGCACUGCGGCGGCGGCAGUGGGCGCAUCGCGCGCGAGACGGCCGCGGCCCACUACCGCGCCGUGUGCCGGGCGCUGGUCGCCGAGGCGCUGGAGCUGGCGUCCUUCCUCGCGCGGGUGCGCGUCGGGGGUGCGCGCGACCUCGGCGCCGCUGAGGACUCCGCCACGCACCUUGAUACUCUGCACUUCUCUGAUUGGGCGCGAUUCUGGAUGCAAGUAAUUGGAGAAUUGCGAAUGGGAGUGAAACUGAAGAAAGUUAACUACUCAAGAACUCCUAUAGAAUACGAAUUGACUCCGUAUGAAAUACUCAUGGACGACAUAAGGUCGAGGCGGUACACGUUAAGGAAAGUUGAUGGCGCGAUACCUCAAAAUGUCAAGAAGGAUGCGCAUGCAAUGAUACUCGAAUUUAUUAGAAGUAGGCCUCCACUGAAAAAGGCUUCAGAAAGAAAGUUACCACCACCGCGACGAGAAGUGACGCCGCGGGAACAACUUCUAGCUUCCAUCCAGGUGGGCCGGCAGCUCAGGCCUACGCCCUACUCGAGACGAUUAUCAACGAGCGGGUCCGGCAGCGGACCGGGCGGCGGUGACGCGCGGCGGGGAGACGUCACGCCGCACGCGCCGCCGCAGAGACGCCUCAUCAAAGUCGACUUCGACAACCUUGAGGAUGAUGAAGAUGAGGAUGAUACCGAGACCUGCGCAAGCCCUGAAACUUGCGCUCCGCAGCCCUUUCCUAGGCAUACAGCGCCACAGCAAACCGCUCCUAAACCUUGGAAAAGGACCGCGUAUGACCUCGCGACGCAGUGCCCCUCCCGGCACGCGUCGAUGCGACGUCACACCGUCACCCACCUCCCCUGUCCGCCCACCGACGGCGCGCAAUCGCUACCGCACUCCAGGCCAGGGUCAAGGGCGUCAUGUGCUGGUGCAGCGUCCCUCGCCAGCAGCGACGCGGACGUCCAGCUGGGUGAGCUGUCCUGGUCUCGGUCUUCCCUGCAGGACGAACUUAUCAAGUCGGUUAGUGGCAGCCCCACACACCCGCAUAAACAAUGGCAAGAUGCGAUAAUGUCCGACGACCGGCUCUCUCUGACGCUAGAAGAAAUCGUACACAUACGGUCCGUGUUGACUAAAGCGGAACUAGAAGUCCUCCCCGUCGAGGGUAGGGUUAAAGAAGAUGUUGAAAAAAGAAGGGUAUGCUUCCUAUGUUUGAAGACACGGUUCGGAAUUUUCGGCCCGUGGGGCCAGAAGUGUAAGCUGUGCAAAAAGACUGUCUGUCAAAAAUGUUGUUCAAAGAUGCGCAUCCCGACGGAGCACUUCGCGCACGUGCCCGUGGCGCUGCUGAGCCCGUCGCUGCUGCCGUCGCCCGACGACGAGCCGCACUCCUUCCCGCGCUCGCUCGUGGCGCGCCUCGUGUCGCCCGACCACAACGUGACGGUGGACAACUCGGUGGGCUCGGCGCCCAGCAGCCCGGCGCGGCGGCGCGCGGCGUGCUCGGCGCCGGGCUCGCGCGGCGCGUCCGCGCUCGGCUUCUCGGAGCCGCCGCCCGCCAUCGCGCGCGCCGACGGGCCCGGCUCCAUGCCCUGCGUUACUCACGUCAGGUGGUAUCUGUCCAGGGCGCGGUACGGGCGCGCGGCCACCAACGCGGCGACGGCGGAGCGCCUGCGCGGCGUGCAGAUGGCCGUCUGCCACGACUGCAAGGCUAUGGUGUUGCAGAUAAUCAAGAGCUCGCGCGCGUCGCGUUCAGCGUCACGCGACCGCGCGUUGCGGCAUCUCACGCUCGACCUCGCACCCGUCUAUACCGCCGACUGUUAG